AUGCAACGAGGAACAAAUGGAGGCAAUGGGAAUCAUUUUGAGUUAACAGAUUCAGAGAAGAAUUCAAUCAAUAACCUUGAAGAAAUGCCUGAAUUUCAACCAAAUUGCGCUGAAGGUUGUUUGAAACCUUUCCUUCUUACACUACGCGCAAGUUUUGUUUCUGGAAACAACUAUGAACGUUUAGUGAACACGUGCGAGAAACUCCGCAAAGUAUAUGAGUGUAUGGAUCGUUUAAAAAAAUGCCAGCAAAAUUAUUUAUUUCGCAUAUUUAUGGAUGGUUUUAAGUAUAUGUGCGUCGAACAUCCUGCUGACUGUGAGCAGAAGUGUAAAGCGCAUAACUUAAUUGCUGGUUGGUUCAUUCAUUCGGCAGUGCAUUCUAACAAGCUUCUUCAUGCCGGAACAAAUGGUGCACCGCCACGAGUUAAUAUUGGCUUCCUUCGUAAAAUUACUUCUGAAGCUUGCUCGAUUUUGCAGUGUUAUUUCCUGUGUUUAAAAACGAAAUAUAAUGCACGCUGUCAUGGUAUUGGUGGAAACUUGCUCGUGGAGGCAAUGGUAAGACCAAUAUAUCGAAUGCAUAAUUCGAUGUUAUUAAGCCCAUUUUGGAAUAUAAUGAGGCUAAUGAUGCCUUCCCAAUGCAAUUUUAUGAUGACUGACGAGGGGAUUUCUUGGCAGAGAAUUAAUCCGAAGCUGGAUAAAGAUUUAAAGGAGUUUUAUAAGAAUCGAACAGAAUCGUUGAUCAAAUUCCGUCCUCCAGUACAAAUUUUAAAAUUUUCCAAUUUUGUUUGCACUAAAGUAUUGCCAGUGUCAUCAAAAGAUUACCUCGAAGAUUGUCGCGCUGAAUAUAGAAAAGAUUGUGAUGACAAUGAGUGA